CCUUGUGGCGAUAGUCUCCAUGAUUUGACAUCGGGUGGUUGGGAUAAGAUCUCGACAAGAGAAGAUAGACAACUGGAUGUAUGGCGGUUUAAUUUCGCCAUUAAGGCCGCGGACGCAAAUGGUGUUCAUUUUAGCCGUAAAUCACAUGGACUAGGAGGUCUUUUCUAAGUACGUAUCAGCGGUUUACUUUGUAGCUACUUGCGGAAGAUGGAAAGUGCGCGGACUGUUGUGUCGGCCGUCAGGCUGGCAGAGAGCAGUUCCAUGGCGGUAGGCGCAGCGAAAUCCAGCUUGGACGCGGGUGGUGCGAAGUUAAAGAAACCAACUGGACUGGCUACCGCUCUCAGAUCGGUUGUGGAUGAUGGCGGUGGAGGUGAGUCCAAGACGGAGAACGGGGGACAACUGGGUGUCCCUCGCGUGGAUGUAACGUUACGCAAAGGGAGUAAACAACCGCAGGCAGCUGCAGAGACAAUCGUCGCGAAUAAAACUACUGUCAGAACUUCAAAAAAUGGCCGCGGUUUAACCAGCAAUUCGAAUUCGUUGCUUCUAAAAAGGAGACGACUGAAGAGGAAUCUCUCCGCUGCAGCAGCCACCGCUGCCACCUCAGCUGUCUCUGCUGGAGGUGGAAAGAUGAACUCAGCCUCCUCUUCGUCUUUGCACACACGAAGCCUUGAUAGGAAGACUUUGCUUCGACACCGACAGAACAUGCAGUUGCAGCCAUCAGAUAGACAGUGGGUGCGCGCGGAUCUUCACAGGGGAUCCAUACAUGUCCACGACAAACUCACGCCCUCAUAUCCUAGGCCGGUGUUGUGUACACUGGAAACUACCGCCGGGGAAAUAGCUAGUCGGCUAAGUCAACUAAGUAGUAAGUCAGGAUCUGUUGUACGUCUGGUAGGUAAAAUCUAUCCAACGACUGAUCUAAAUGGCAACUGUAAUGGCAAGUAUAACUUCAAUCACCCGCUGUGUAAACAUAACGAAAAUGGCAGCUCGGGGUACAGCCAUUUGAGUUCCCCCAGACGCUCCGAAUACAGAGGCCGGCAGACAGACCAGCCAGGUGACAGAUUGAGACUCCUGCUCUUAGACAAGGAUGAUGAUGGACACAGACCUGAAUUUGAUAUCAGUUUGUACUCGUCUGACACCCAGUCAGACGACAAUAUCCUACACCACUCCUUAUGCGAUUUCAAUUCCAAUAUAAAUGUGGACACGCCGAAUGAUGACGAUUCAGAGAGGAGAUUCAAUGGGAAUGACAUCUGUGGGAGAAACUCUGGUUCAGACGUCGAGAGCAGUGCGUUCGACGACCUUAGUUCUGGGGCCCGACUUAGCGAGCAUCGGGACUCCCUUAGCGAUGACAUGAUCUUGGGCACGGAUGCAUCUGCUCUGAGCCCCACGUUUGACAGCGCCACAGAGGGCCUCGACACAUAUGGCAGUUCGUCUGAUGAAUUGGAGCAUGACUGCCCUUCGUCAAUCACAGCCACUGACACGUGCCCUCAAGAUCUUAGUAAAUACCCAAAUGGCAAAAACAACAGUGGCAGCAGUGGGAUAUUUGGCGAGCACUUAAACGAUAGGUCAGGAGAUACCGAGACCGACAGCAGGCUCGAACCACAAUUUCUGGGCUGUAUGCCACAAAGCAGUAGCUCCAGCUCUUUGUCCAGGGCCUGUUCUACAGGUAAUACAACCGACACACAAGACCCCGACAGCCACCCUGGCAGUGAGGAAACUGGGUCGGUGGCAGACGACGAUGCCACCCCGGCACUUUAUGUUCAGCUACACGGCGAGGCCGCCAGAAGAUUGGGCCGAGACGAGAGGCCUCUGCAAAUCCAGAACGACUUUCUCUUCAAGUUGGGAUUUAAGGACCCAUGGCGAGUACAAGAGGAAGGCAUGAACACCGAACUGGGCUCCUUGCUACGGUUUUACGCAGGGAAGCCCCACGGUAUCGAGAGCUCGGAGCGCGUGCAGCUCUCGGGGACGUACAACGUGCGCAAGGGGAAGCUGCAGCUGCCGGUGAACCGCUGGAGCCGUCGGCAGGUCAUCCUGUGCGGCACCUGCCUCAUGGUGUCCUCCGUCAAGGCCAGCCACACGGGCAAGAUGCACAUCCUGCCCCUCAUCGGAGGAAAGGUGGAAGAGGUGAAGAAACACAACCACUGCUUGGCCUUCAGCUCGGCAGGCCCCCAGAGUCAGACCUACUACAUCAGCUUUGACAGCUUCACCGAGCACCUACGCUGGCAUAGACAUGCAGCCAAGAUGGUGUCUCAGAGGAUCAGCUCAGUGGACCUGUCCUGCUGCAGUCUGGAGAAGCUGCCGCCCAACCUGCUCUACAGCCAGGACCUCACCCACCUCAACCUCAAACACAACUUCCUGCCCGCGGACCACACACUACAGCAGCUGCAGAGGUUCACUCGAUUACGGAGUCUCAACCUCUCCAACAACCACCUGGGCUCCUUCCCCCUGUCCAUCUGCUCCAUCGGCACGCUGACCGAGGUCAACCUCAGCUGCAACCACCUCACCUCCGUCCACAGCGCCGUGGGCAACAUGCACAAUCUGCAGACGUUCCUGUUGGACGGAAACCUGCUGUCGUCUCUGCCCAGCGAGCUGGGCUCCCUGCAGCGGCUCACCUACCUGGGCUUGUCCUUCAACGAGUUCCGGCAGGUUCCGGUGGUGCUGGAGCAGCUGGGCUCGGUGGAGCGCCUCUGCAUGGCCGGCAACAGCCUGAGCCAGCUCCCCCUGCAGGCCUUCAGGCUGCUGCGCAUCAAAUACGUCGACCUGAGACUGAACAAGAUCUCCAGGCUGGUUCCGGACGAGCCGGACUUCCUGCGGCACGUGAGCCAGCUGGACCUGCGGGACAACGGGCUGACGGAGCUGGACGCGUCGCUGUUCCCGCGGCUGGAGGUGCUGCACUGCGAGAGGAACCGGCUCAGCAGCCUGCGCGUCAAGGGCUGCAUGCUCAAGGGCCUCUACGCCGCCCACAACGGUUAUUGUGUCGGGGCAGUCUGAGGAAGCUGCUGGCGGGUCAUAACCGGCUGCAGAGGCUGCCGGACCGCGUGGAGCGCCCCCUCCUGGAGGUGCUGGACCUGCAGCACAACCUGCUGCUGGAGCUGCCCUGCAACCUCUUCCUCAAGUCUGACAGUCUAAGGUGCCUGAACGCAUCGGCCAAUAAGCUGGAGAGCCUGCCCCCCUCCAGCCUAUCAGAGGAGAGCCACAGCAUCCUGCAGGAGCUCUACCUCACCAACAACCACCUGACCGACAAGUGUGUCCCGCUGCUCACCGGCCACACACACCUCCGCGUGCUGCACAUGGCCUACAACCACCUGCAGACCUUCCCCGCCAGUAAAAUGGCCAAGCUGGAGGAGCUGGAGGAGGUGGACCUGAGUGGAAACAGGCUGAAGGCCGUGCCCACCACCAUCAUGAACUGCCGGCGCAUGCACACCCUCAUCGCCCACUCCAACAGCAUCGAGGUCUUCCCCGAAGUCAUGCAGCUCAUGGACAUGAAGUGUGUGGACCUAAGCUGUAACGAGCUGAGUGAGAUAACCCUUCCUGAGAAUCUGCCUCCCAAACUCCAAGAGCUGGACCUGACGGGCAACCCCCGCCUCAACUUGGACCACAAGACCCUGGAGCAGCUCAACAACAUCCGCUGUUUCCGUAUCGACCCGCCCCCUACCUCCUUCUCAGCCAAUGAGGCCUCAGGGGGGCCGGCUGUGUGGAGUCAUGGGUACACAGAAGCAUCGGGAGUCAAAAACAAGCUGUGUGUGGCAGCGCUGUCGGUGAACAGUUUCUGUGGCAACCGCGAGGCCCUGUACGGCGUGUUUGACGGGGACAGGAACGUGGAGGUGCCCUACCUGCUGCAGUGCACCAUGAACGACAUCCUGGCCGAGGAGCUGCACAAGACCAAGAGCGAGGAGGACUACAUGACCAACACCUUCCUGGUCAUGCAGAGGAAACUGGGCACGGCGGGGCAGAAGCUGGGCGGCUCGGCGGCACUCUGCCACAUCCGGCACGACCCCACCGACCCGGCCGGCUGCUUCACGCUCACCGCCGCCAACGUGGGCAAGUGCCAGGCCAUACUGUGCCGCGACGGCAAGCCCCUGCCCCUCUCCCUGCAGCACAACAUCAGCCUGCCCGAAGAGUACAGCCGCAUACGCCAGCACAAGGCCAUCAUCACAGAGGACAACAAGGUGAACGGCGUGACGGACUGCACGCGCAUCAUGGGCUACUCCUUCCUGUACCCGUCGGUGCUGCCGCGGCCGCACGUGCACACGCUGGCGCUGACGCCGCGGGACGAGUUCCUGGUGCUGGGCAGCCGCGGGCUCUGGGACGCCGUGGCGCCGGCCGAGGCGGUGGAGGCGGUGCGGGCGGUGCCCGACGCGCUGGCCGCCGCCAAGAAGCUGUGCACGCUGGCGCAGGGCUACGGCUGCACCGACAGCCUGAGCGCCGUGGUGGUGCGGCUCAGCGUCAGCGAGGACUGCUGCUGCUGCUGCUGCUCGGCCGUGCUGCCCCAGCACCACGCCACGCCCGUCAACGCCAACGGGGGUCACCAGCUGCACCCGCACCACCACCAACCGCAGCCGCCGCCCAGCCCGGGGCUGUACCCGCCGGGCAUGGGCAUGGGGAUGGGGAUGGGGAUGGGCAUGGGCCCGGGGGGGCACCACCACCACCACCACCACCACGGCGGCGGCAUGCCCGGCCAGCCGUCGUCGGGCAGCGAGCUGAGCAGCGAGGUGAGCACGUCGGAGAUGAGCUCGGAGGUGGGCUCCACCGCCUCGUCGGACGAGCCGCCGCCGCUGCCGCCGCUGCUGCUGACGGCCGACGCGCACCUGCCCGCGCACCUGCAGCACCUGUCCGGACAGAUCCACGGCGGCGGCGGAGGAGGAGGAGGAGGAGGAGUGGGCGGCGGAGGAGGUCCGGCGGGUCCCCCGUCCCGUAACGGUGGCGGCGGCUGCUGCGCUCUCCACGCCGCCUGCCUGCUGCCGGCCGCCUUCCAGCGGCAGCUGUCCAGCACCACCUUCUGCAGCAGCGGCGGCGGCGCGGCGCUCUCGGACAACGCGCUGGACAGCGAGGACGAGGAGCCCAUCGCCGGCGUCUUCUCCAACGGCAGCCGCGUGGAGGUGGAGGCCGACGUGCACUGCCGCGGCAUCGGGCACGCCAGCCCCACCGACUGUGCCAACGCCAGCCCUCUCAGCGCUGCCGCCGCCGCCGCCAACGCCUCUGCCAACUCCGCCGAAGACGCGGCCGUUACCGCCGCCGUUACGCCGGCUGCUGAUGCUGAUCCUGCCGAUGCUUCGGUCGCCGCCGAAGAGGUCGCCGGAACGGCUCCUGUCGGCACGUCCGUCGACACGGACGCCGCGGGAGGCCCCGAGACGCCGGAGACGCAGCCCGCCGCCAACGAGACGCCCGUCGCGGAGACGACCGCGUCCGCCUCCUCCGCCGUCUCCGCCGUUUUUCCGCAGUCCAUCCCGGAGACGCCGGACGAGGCGCCGGAGAUGACCGCGCAGGGCGAGCCGGAGAUCGUCACGGAGAGGGAGCGGGAAAACGCCCAGAUGGCCAGAGGGACGGCGACGGCGAUGCCCACAGCCGCGGCGACAGAGAGAGAGAAGGUCGGAGGAGGAGGAGGAGGAGGAGGAGGAGGAGGAGGAGGUGUGGGAGGAGGCGUGGGAGGGGAGAACGUGCGGACGCUGGGCCGGCGCGGGCGGGGCAACGGCUCGGUGGCGCCGCAGGAGCGCAGCCACAACCUGAUCGAGGUGGCGGCCGAGGCCCCGUGCCGCAAGCCCGGCGGCUACUUCACCGCGCCCGCCCAGCCCGACCCCGACGACCAGUUCAUCAUCCCGCCCGAGCUGGAGGAGGAGGUGAAGGAGAUCAUGAAGCAGCACCAGCAGGAGCAGCAGGGCCAGCAGGAGGAGGAGGAGGAGGAGGAGGAG